AUGAGUGAGUUUGUGAACGCAACCCGAUGCGAUGCGUGCGAGGCAAGAGGAGUAGGGUCACAGGGAUUCCCCGAUUUCAACGAACGAGAGAGUCAAGCCAAAACAAAACAAUUGAACAAUAAUUUGAUUGAAAGUUACUCCGCCGUUUGUGGACCGAUUUCGAAAAUUUUUGUUUUGUUUGAAAGGGUAUACUCCCGAGAUGGUCCCAUUUCCAUGAAGUCAGGAUCUGAUGAUGGGAUCCUAGGGAAACCGAGGGGAACUUUCGAAAAUUCUAUGGGAGAACGCAAUUACUCGCCCCUACAGUUUUCGAAAGUUCCCCUCGGUUUCCCUAGGAUCCCAUCAUCAGGUUCUGAGCUCAUGGAAAUGGGACCACCUCGAGAGUAUACCAAACAAAAUAAGAUUUUUGGAAAUCGGUGUACAAAUGGCGAACAAACAAAAAAAAAUCAAUCAGCCGAACAUAGUACCUCCUGCUUUUUUGAAGUCGGUAAAAAAGAGGCGCUCCAUAGAUUCCGCACACAGGCGCUGCCGGGGGUCGGCGCGGCCCUGUUCACGGCCACUCCUACGCAACGACCCACUCUAAAAAUCGAACCUAGUGCUAGUGCAUAUUUCAAGGGCAACCCUCAAACGCUGCCGUCGGCAAUAAACACGCAACAGUUCACGACUACGAUUCACGAUACCCAAGGGUGUGGUGGAAAGGACGAUAUCAUGACAGUCUUUGAGCGGCAAACGACAGCGCGAACGCUCGUGUGCGUCGGCGGCGAUGUAAAACGAAUAGCCCUUGAGACUCUUGAGAGUACAACCACACAACCGUCUUGUCCGAGCGCCAACGCAAAAAAAAGUGAACGGCUGCAUAGCACUGCUCCGUUCUCGUGUCACUCCUGUCAUCCCUUCCAGCUGACGUCAUCGCUCAAAUUGAGUCCAGAAUGGUACAAAUGGCAUGCAUAUAACUUCAUAAUAUUAGGGCUGGCCGACGAGCUGGUGGCUGCUGGAGCGAAACCUUCAUUCAAAUCAAAACUGCUUUGGAUCUGGACGAGAUAUGUUAAGAAAUAUCAGAAUAAAGAUGAUAUAGGAUUAGCAAAAACAUUACAAGAAGGAAACGAUCACAUAAACCUAACAAGCAUUAUGUUAGAAGAGAAUAGUAACAACACAGUUGAUGAUGAUGAUGAAGGAGAACACGAAGAAGUAAAUGAAGAAGGUAAACCGGUAAAAUCAAAACUCUUAAACAACAUUGUGGACGGAUCUCGGAGAGAUAUAAGAUUCUUGUCAAAAGGAGUUAUUCUAGCCAUGUUAUACUUAGCACUAAACUUAGACGAGAGCGACAUACAACUGUCUCAUUUAUACAGGUUCAUCAAGGAGAAACAUUUAAAUUUCUCCAACAUACAAAGAUUUGUGCCUGACGAUAUUCAUGUGAAAACCUUGGAAAAACUCUGGACUAACUUCAUACACAGUAAAAUUGUUAAUGUGCAUUUCUUACGAGCAUUAACUAUGUCUUUACUGCGGAAACUAGAUCUCGGAAGACCAAAGGUUCCAAAUCUGAGAAAGAUUAUUGACAAUAUCUUACUGGAACUUUGCCUCCCUAAUGAUAUAAAGCCACUGAUAUACUCCUUGAUGCGUUUUCACCAAUGCGACUUCCUUGAUGUCAGCGACAAGUCUAAGGAACGCCUUUGCAGUGUGCCUGAUUAUGAGGGUGUGGUGAUGUCCUACGUUCUAGUUGCAAUAAAACUGUGCUUCGGUCUAGAUGGUGAUUAUGAGGAAAGACUAUCGGAUGCAGUUGAUAAAAUAAAUGUAGACAGAGAUCUACAAAAGUCACACAGAAACGGUAAGUAUUCUGAACCAAGUAAAAGAUUAUUUUCAUUCAGAGAAUGGUGUAAUUAUUUACAAUUUAGGAAGAUUACUCUAAGCAAAUGUUGUCUGUACAUGGCAGAGCAGUAUUGUUUAGACAUUGAUGAUCAAGUCUACAUUGAACACUCAAAUGAUAGACCACAAAAAGCUAAAGAUUUACAAGACGAGACUGCAAUGGAUUUAAUUAACAAAAUACCUGAAAAUGACGAAGGUAGAGUUAUCCCAAAACAACGGUUUUCACCAUCAAUAACCCCUACUUAUGACUAUACAGAUAUUAUAAUUGAACAUACUCAGGAUCCUGAGUUGAGGUAUCUUCUCAGUGAAGAUUUUACUCAGUAUUCUCUCAAAUAUGCCUGCGAACAUUUAGAACUGUUAGAUGAGAAUGCAGAAAACAUCAUCAAAGGAGUCAGUGAAAAUAGAAAGGUGACAAGUAAUAAAAUAAUUAUGGGUACAAUUGUUAUGAAAAGAAGUAAAACUCAAAUGGUUUAUGUUAAGAAUUGUGAAAAUAAAAACUGGAUGAAAACUAAACCUCCAACAAUAGAACAUGUACAUUGCGAAGAUGUACAAAACUCAAGUACUGACAAAGAGAGUGAUCAUGGUUAUGACUCAGAAAACCCCACAAAUGAUAAAGAAAUCGCCAAUGAAACUGAAAAUAGAGACGAUGUCACCGAUGUAAGUAUGACAGAACGAGAGAAAGGUACUAGAGAAUUCAUAAUAACAGAAGAAGAUAAUGAAAAAAAUAUAUUCGACGAUUCAUUUGAAGAACUUGAUUUAAAGGAUGAAUUGGAACAAGCUAAUGAUGAAGAUCUACUAGCUCCAAAUAACGAAUCAAUCAACGAUGAUCGCGCGAGCAUAACUGACAUGUCUGACAAUGAGAACAUGAUACCAGUAUUUAACCCCGAAACUUUUGAUAGCGAACAAACAAUUAAAGAAUUGGUCUUGAUGGCUUGUAAAAAAUAUAAAAUUCCUGUACCCAAUGAGUAUAAAAAUAGGGAGCCUAGAAAAAGAAGGGCUGAGGUGAUUCGUGAUGAAGAUGUAAACAGAGAACCAAGAAAACGAACUAGAACAAGUGCUGCGGAAAAUAAACACAAAGUGGCUGAACUUGUCACUGGAUACUACGAUCAUCAUCGCUUAGAUUUAUUCAAUAAGUUGCAGAACGAAGUUAGCAUGGCUGUUCGAAACAGUUCAAUUAUUGGUGGAUUGGAGCCAAAUCCAAACGAAACUGCAAAUAUGACUCAACCUGCAUUACUAAACACUACAAAUGUUGCUGCAUUGUCGGCAACAACAUCUAUGAUUACAGAAAAUUUAGAAAACCAAUCAAUUGUUAACCCUCAAUCAAGUUUACUACAAACAGAAACUGAUAAAGAACAGAAUGCAGAUAAAACUGGUGCAAUUGAAGAAGUAAUAGACGAACAUACGGAGAAAAAACUAUUUGAAGACGAAGAAGAAAUUAAUAUAAAUGAACUAUUACCAAAAGUUGAUCCAAAAUUUGACGACAAAAAGUAUGACACAGAUCAACUUUAUCUUAAAAUGAAAAUCGAAGAAGAAAACGAGGCAGACAUAGACAGUUUACUAGAAGAUCCCAAAGUUGAUGAAAUACUUAAUAAAAAACUGGAAGAAGGUAAAACUGGUUUCUUUUCGAUCAGAAAACCUGAAGACAUUAAGAUUAUCGAAACCAAAUAUGAAAGUGAUUCCGACGAUGAAAUACCAUUGAAGACGUUACAAGAAGAAAAGAGAUUGAUAGAGGCUAGGAUUGCUUGGGAAGAAGACUUGGAACCUUUGAUAAAUAAAAAGAAUUUUACAGAGUAUAAAUAUUGGUUCAGGCAUUAUAACGCGGACUUUAUGGUGCGGUCUAAAGACUGGCAUAAAAAGUUCGAUGAAGAAUUGAAAGAGAAUACACCAAGCAGUUUCUAUUUCGUUAUAAAAGAAUGUGCUGCUGUUAUAAAUUCGACUCCUUUUAAUAUUUAUAGGCACAUGCAGAAUCUGGAAAAGUUUAUUAGUGCGAAAGCGAAAUCAUUUGAUUAGGAUUAAUAAGACGAUUUAUUUAAUUUUUUAUCAGAUAACUUGUGAAGAAUACGUAUGCCCUUUUUGACUGUAGAAGUGCAAAACAAAGGGUUCUCUUGAGUGUUGUAAUUUUUUUUAUUAUAGGUUUUAGGAUAUACCUACCAGUCCAAAAAAUAUGAUGUUACCCAAAUGAAAUAUUGUAAUUUCACUUGGUAGCCUUAAAAAUUGACAAAAAUGUUAUUCAUUCUAAUCAAUUUAAUUUUAAUUAUUGGUUUUAAAAGUGAAC